UGUCUCUGUGCGCAUCUUCAUUCCGGCUACAGGAGGAAAGGUGCGCACACUGCCUGUCCCAUCCUCGGAUAGAAGUCUCCACUGAACUUCAAUUCAAACGACUUUUCUCGGUUACUUUUCUUUCAGUGACGGAUUUUGUGCUUCACAACUGAUAUUUUGGAGGACUUUUGAAUUUUACGCUGAUACAGAAGUGUGAGGGACAGAGAACUCAUGACGCUCAUUAUUGAGGCUACAAUGUGCCGAUGAAGACUAUGGGUGUACUGAAGACUUAGUGAAGAGUUGCAUGGAAUAAUUGCACAAGCAGAAGUUAACUGAUGGAGUUUAAAAGCACUUUUUCUGUUUCCGUGUGAAGUUCCCUCAGUUCUUCAAUGAUGGACGACAGACACCCGUCGAGGACUUUCACACCUGACUCCGCAGCUUUCGCCAACACAUGAAAGGAAGAACUAUGUUUUGUCUGAUGAAAUCUCGGAGCUUAUCGGACAGCAGCAGGGCUAUGGGGAUCAGGCAUGGGACAAAAAGCCAACAUCACUCCAAACCCACCUCGAAAAUAUUCUCCAUUUUUAUAUUGCUGCUGCUCAUCUUCACUCCCAGAGUGGACUCAUCGUGGUGGUACAUCGGGGCGCUGGGAGCUCGGGUGAUUUGCGACAACAUUCCCGGCCUGGUGAACAAGCAGCGACAACUGUGCCAGCGACACCCGGACCUGAUGCAGUCCAUUGGCGAGGGAGCCAAAGAGUGGAUUAAAGAGUGCCAGCACCAGUUCAGACACCACCGCUGGAACUGCAGCACGCUGGAGCGGGACCGCACCGUGUUUGGCCGGGUGAUGCUGCGAGGUAGUCGUGAGGCAGCGUUCGUGUACGCCAUCUCUUCGGCCGGAGUGGUCUACGCCAUCACCAGGGCCUGCAGUCAGGGGGAGCUAAAGAUCUGCAGCUGUGACGGCCACAAGCGAGGCCAACACAGUGAUGACAGGGGAACCUUCGACUGGGGCGGAUGCAGCGACAACAUCAACUACGGCAUUAGGUUUGCCAAGGCCUUUGUGGACGCCCGAGAGAGGAUGGGAAAAGACCCUCGUGCAUUGAUGAACCUGCACAACAAUCGCUGCGGUCGGAUGGCAGUGAAGCGCUUUAUGAAGCUGGAGUGCAAGUGUCACGGGGUCAGCGGCUCCUGUUCUCUGAGAACCUGCUGGCUGGCUAUGUCUGACUUCAGGCGGACUGGAGACUACCUCCGUAAGAAGUACAACACAGCCACUGAGGUGACCGUGAACCAGGACAGGAUGGGCUUCAUGGUGGCUGACAAGGACUUCAAGGGAAGCACCAAGAAUGAGUUGGUUUAUGACGAGAACUCUCCAGAUUAUUGUCUCAUGGACCGCUCAGCAGGCUCUUUGGGAACAGCGGGCAGAGUGUGCAACAAGUCCUCCAGAGGAACAGAUGGCUGUGAGGUCAUGUGCUGUGGGCGGGGCUACGACACCAUGCGUGUCAAACGUGUCACCAAGUGUGAGUGCAAGUUCAAGUGGUGCUGCGCUGUGGAGUGCCAAUACUGUGAGGACAUGGUGGACAUUCACACCUGCAAGCCCCAUAAGCGACCUGAUUGGCUGGACGUGACCUAAGAAGGAGACCUGACCUAUCACAGUUUCCACUGACCAUUAACCUGCGCACUAAUUUUAUUAAAAGAUAUGUAAUUGGGAUCUAUUAACUGUAAUACCUCUGGCUUACGAUCUUUCGACACUUCCUGGAACUGAAACUUCACAGACCUUGAGGCUCAACUGGAAAUUAGAACCAGUUACUGAUAAUGUGCUGCUUUAAAAACUGUUUCCAAGAACCACUUCUCCAAACUUUUUAAAGACAUUCUUAAAACCUUUAUGUACCACUGGUUGAUGCAAAUAUAUGAGAUAAUAUCUGCUUGUUUUGCAAUAUAUUAAAAAGGUGUGAGCACAUGACAUAGCGCAAAUUGUUGACAAUUUUUAUAGCAAUAUUUAGUCUGGAGAGACAUAAAGAAAGACGAGAGACCCUUCACACUAUUGUAGAAGCAUUGACAUUUUAAUAUGCAAAAUGAUAUGAAGUCAUUCUAUGUUACUGUGAGAAAAUCUUCCACAUACAAAAGACAGCUGCUGCUGCUGAUGAGUGCAUCUAUGAAGAACUCACACAAAGUCAGAGGGUGUUUAUGAAAAUAUGAACAAAAGCAGACAAUCACACUGUGAACCAAGCGAAAACCACUGACAAGAGCAACAAGCAAAGCAAAGACAAGUUCAGACUUUUAGCUAAAGUGGCAGCACUUUCAGCUCAACACAAUGAACUCUGGAAGGUUUUUUUGUGAGACAAAAAGGAAACUCUAAGAGAUGAAUAUGAAGCUUCACAUGGAUCAUGAGCUGUUUUCAUACAGUAUCUAACAGUUUUUUUAAAGUCUGUAAUUGUUCCAACACAUUCUGACUGUGUUGCCUUAAAGGAAAUGUGAGUUCUACCUCUGGUUCUCCUUUGUUUCAGUGUUACACUUACUCACAUCCUACGGUCCUUGCAUUCAUCAAAAAAACUGCAGCUACCAAAAAAAGGUAUUUAGUAAAAAAAACUAUUUUCUGCAACCUACCACAGUUUUUCAGCAAAACGCUGAGUAGGCCAACCACAUGCGCCUAUACUGUGAUUCCAUUGUUCACCUGAUGGUCAUACAGAACCCCUAAAGUCAAGCGAGAAAAAACAAACAAUCUGGUGAUCCCUUUCCUCCCCUCAGUUUUUGUCUUCAGCUGCCAAAAUCCAUUAACGACCCAAUUAGAUCAUCUUUUAGAUCUUAUAUCAUUGGAACCUUAAACAAUCGACCCACAGUUUUUCUCUGGUUGCACUUGUUUUGUAUUUAUCCAGUCCUUUUAACCUUUUUUGAUGGCAGUCAACUCUAGAACACCUCGUCCUUAGAUGCUGAAGGCUAUGGAAAUAUAUUUUUUUAAACUUAAUAAUGCUACAAUACCAUACUAGUUUGUACCCAUCCCCUCAAUCUAUAUACAAGUUUUUAAGGUUUUAAAGCUACGGACGGCUGCUGAUAUGUUUCAUCAUGUUUAACAAGAUAUUGUGCCCAAUGUUUCCAAUAAAAUCCCUUCAUGAUGGUCAGGUAGGGGUUUGUUUCUUCUAAAACUGGGUGCUGGUUGGUCUCAGUUGUUGAACUGCAACUUAAAAAAAAACGUCUGGUUUUGAUACCAGUAAGUGAUGCAGUUGCAUGAGGCUCAUAUUUAAUUAGCAUCAUCUUAAUUACUGCCACAUUCAGCAGACAACAGCUGUGUCAACAGUUCACACUGGUGACAACAACGUAAUGUGACUACCCUUUAAUACGAAGGCCUUACAGAGUGCGUGAUAAAAGUGAGUUAUAUGCUGCUAUGUUUUCAUACAACCUAACAAACUGAACAGCAAGAUAUGUACAAAGCUGCAUAUUGUAAUUGUACAGAAGGUGAUAAUAAAAUAAAAGGUUCCUGUUCAUGAGAGCUUAAAUAUGUAUGAAGUUCUGUUGUUGUUUUUAAACCAGUCAUGAUUAUAAACACUGUGUUUCCAA